UCUGAUAAAUGUAUGUGAGGAGCAGCAGUCGCUCUCAGAUCAGCUACUGCUUGGUUCUGACUGGAGCUUCAGGUUCUGUGGGCUCAUUGGAUCAUUUUUGUAGUUUCAUCGCGGCUGAAGACUGAAAUCGACAGCAGUGAUCAUUAUCACGGAGAACAGGGUUGUUUUGAGGUCAGAUGAGAUCUACCAUGAGGCCGUAACAGACGCUUUUCCUCAGUUUGCUCCUGAGCGUUACCAGAAUGGCCACUGCUAAGAAAGUGUCUUCAAAGACGGGCGGUGUUCGCUUCGCCGAGGAACCUGCAUCCGCCGCUCACUCGCAUGUGCACUUUGACGAAAAACUGCAUGACUCCGUUGUCAUGGUGAUACCAGAGUCCAAUGGCAACUUCCUGGUUAAGGUGGGCUUUCUGAAAACGCAGCACCGAUAUGAGAUCGUAUUCACACUGCCUGAGGUCCCAGAGCUGGGGAAAGACGUGUGUCCCGCACCAAUCCCCAAUCCACACCUCCGGAUCACCAAUUUAAUGGUGUCUUCAGACGGAGGUCUAAGGGUGACGUGUGAAUAUAUGGCCCACCAGGAGGGAGUAAUGUGUGAGGAGGUGCAGAUUCUUAGCGAGAGCAAAGAGGAUGUGUGUGUGAAGGUCAAAGUUCACGCUCGUGUCAUGGACCGUCAUCACGGGACUCCGAUGCUGCUGGAAGGUGUGCGGUGCAUUGGAGCAGAGCUGGAGUACGACUCUGAGCAAAGCGACUGGCAAGGCUUCGACUGAACGCCCGAAACUCACUUCAAACUUCCCAAUCCGUGCCACAUAUCCGGUUUCGGCAGUGUCGGAAUAGGCCAGAUCCUGGAAGUCUGUUGCCGGCUGCUCAGCAAUGUCUCUGCUUUCUGCUCACAGUGUUUGGAAAACGCACUGUGCUUUCUAGGUUUUACUUACUGUUACAAUGGAAUGCAGGAAUGAUCUGUCGUUUACUGUAGCUCUAUGUGAUUUGUUGUAUUGCAGGUUUGGAAACAAAACAAUCAAAUAGUGAGUAAAUCUAUUGUCUUAAAGGGACAGUUCACCUAAAAAUGAUAAAUCUGUCAUCAUUUACUCGCCCUUCACUUGUUCAAAAUCUAUUAGAGUUUCUUUACUCUGUUGAACACAAAAUAAGAUAUUCUGAAGAAUGGUGAUUGCUGGCACCCAUUGACUUCAAUAGUAUUUUUCCUACUAUGAUAGUUGAUGGAUGCCAGCAACCAGCAUGCUUCAUUGUUUCUCCUUUUGUGUUCAACAGAACAAAGAAACUCAAAUAGGUUUAAAACCACAUCGAAGAGAAUAAAUAAGGUGAUUUUCAUUUUUGGGUGAACUACCCCUUUAAAAGUGACAUGUUUACAUUUACUUAAAGUGAUUAAACUCAUUGCAACUUGUAAAUGUUAAGUUGACUUAAUUUUUAUAAUUAUGCACAUAAUGAUUGUAAAGCAACAGGUUUAUUCAUUUUAAAUUAGUCAACUAAUCACUUUUUAAAGAGAUAAUUCACCCAAAAAUAAUUCAUCAUUUGUUCACCCUUGUUUUAAUCCUUUGUAAGUUUCUUUCAUAUGUUCAAAGCUGAAAACUUGUAACAAUUGACUUCCAAUAAUAGAUAAAACAAAUGCUAUGGAAGUCAAUGGUUA